UAAAAAUAAAUUAGAGAAAAACUAACAUCGUACAGAAGGGAAGUUAAACCUAAUAUUCCUCCGCACUUCUGUGUAAUACGUCCUCCUCUAAAAACAAUAGUCCACAAAAUGAUAAAGAUUUCAGAUUAUUACUCGGGUCUAAUUCGGGACAACUACACGGUAAACGCUGAUGCUUGAUUUUUUUGGCUUUGUUUAAUUUGCAAAUCUCAAAAAGUGCAUUUUGAAACAAAAACAAUAAAUAAGAUCCGGUUGCAAAGACAGGAAGCGAGGAGAAACUCAUGGCGCCCGACUAGAAAGAAUCGACAAUUAUCGGUUGCUAUGUUGUGAUCUACUCGGUGCCUCUACGCUACAGGAUACUCGUCUCCUCAAAAAUACAAGUUAUGGAUUCGGAGGAGAAUGAGGUGGAAAGCAGCAGCGAUGCAGGCCCAUCGGGGAUGGAGGAGCCGUCUGAAAGCGGCAUGGGCAUGGAAUCAUCAGAGGCGAUGUCCGCAGACAGCAGUGAUGCUGCUGCCUCCCACGCGCAGGCCCCAGAAUCAGACUGUCAUGUGGGACAGAGCUCAGAAGGACUCGUGGUGUUCAUCCCAGAGACCAGCUCCAGCACAGAUGUCAGAGUUUCUUCAGUUCAUCUUCCAGACUCGUCUUCCGUGGCUCAGUCCACCAGCGUGUCUAGUGUCUCCACGGUGACCCAGUCAGUGCUGGUGUCUGAAUCGGCUCAAGUUCUGGUCCACUCCAGUGCUGUGUCAGACGGAGCUAUGAUGGUUUCUGACUCCACUGCCUCUACCUCAUCAGAUCUGGGGUCUGCAAUCGACAAGAUCAUAGAGUCCACCAUCGGCCCUGAUGUCAUGAACGGUUGUAUAGCUGUCACCAGCGCAGAAGAUGGAGGUGCAGAAACUACUCAGUAUCUUCUUUUACAAGGACCAGAUGACGGGGCUCCUAUGGUAGCCCAGAUGUCAUCUUCAGCCAUGUCCAACCGUGCAGCCAUUGAGGCUCAUGCUGAAGGCCCCACGUCCACCUGCCAGGAUCAGGGAGACCCGCAGGGCGGCCUUGAACCGGACCAGCCCGAUGAUCAUCCGGGACACUCUGGUUACAGAGAAGAGAGCAGCAGCCAGCCCGACCAGCCCCAGCAUUCCCAUCCUUCCCAGUAUAUGGACUGCAGCGCGGACGGCCCGGACCAGACCGAGGAGUCUUCAUCGUCGUUUCUGGAGUGUUCGGGCGAGGAACCUGACCAGACUCGCUCCCAGACCGGCUUCCCUGACUACAGCGGUAACAACAGUUACCAGGACCUUCCUGGAUACGUGGAAUGCAGUGGAGCCGACUCAAACCCCACCAGCAGAAGCCACUACAUGGUGGAUUGCAGCUCCGGGUAUCUCCAGCGUGUAGCAGAUGAUAGAGAGCAGCCGCAUCAUUCACGGAGCUACAUCGACAGCAGCGCUGACCACCGGACUCAGACCAGUCGACAGUACGCUGGAGAGUCUGGGGGGGAAUGUAUUGCGGCUGCAGACUCUGAGCAGCCCGGCUGUUCGCGAUAUCAGACAAGACAUGAUGAUGACGACGAUGAUGAUGAGCAGAACCAGGAUCCAGAUCAGCCACAGCACUCUCAGCAGCAGCCACAGCACUCCUGCUACACGGAGAACAGCAACGGCCCUGAGACAUCCCUCUAUCACGACGACAGCUCCUCGUCAGACCACCCGCUUGCAGACACGGCGGGCACGGGCGGACUUCCUGAGGCGCUGGAAUGCAACGAGAGUCAACCUGGUCUGUACAUCAGCAGCAGUGGCACAUAUGCAUCUAAUCAAGAACCUGAACAGGCCCAACAGAGCUCCCCAUGCCUGGAGGAGCCUCGAGGCUCCCGGGAUGAACAGGGGUUCUCCAGAGACAUGGACACGUCAGCUGCGCCACAGGGUUCGGGAGACCACCAGCCGAACCUGGCUGAGUUAGAGGAGAUGAUGGAGGUGGUGAUUGUUCAUCAAUUCAAGUGCAAGAUGUGUCCGUACAAAAGUGUUUCCAAAGACACGCUCAUUAACCACAUGAGGGACAAACACUUUAAACCUGCCGGUGAAAUCUCAAUGAAACGGAAACGUGGUCGACCUCCUAAAAGCGAGACGUUAGCUCGUCAAAAAGCAGAGCGAGAAGAGGCAGAAAGGAGGAAAGCAGAAGAGGUGAAGGAUGCUGUGAAGCAACCAGAAGAAGAAGUGGACGAUAUUGUGGACGCUGGCGCCAUCGACGAUCCAGAAGAGGACAGCGACUACAACCCAGUAGAUCAGGAGAUUAAAGGAAGACCUCCAGCUUUCCCGAGGAAACCACCCACUCCCAUCUCCUCCUCCUCUCAAGGGCGUCCCCGGCGAAAGGUCGGUCGCCCAAGGAAGUACAACGUUUCUGGUGAAGGAAACAGCAGCAAAGAAGCAGAAUGCAUCUCUAAGUGGCCAAGGCUCAGUGCGGAUCCCUCUGCAGCUGAAGAGGCAAGCUCUUCUGGUUUGGGCCAAGGUCUGGGUAGAGAGAUUAACGAGGACACAGCUGAGGCAGCGAUCAGCCAAUCUGACUCCGAGAACAAAGACCCUUCAUCAAACUCUCAGCCAGAGGAGGAGUUCCUCCCGAGGAAACGGGGACGACCUUCUAAGCGCUUCCUACGCAAGAAAUAUAGGAAGUAUAUGAACCGCAAUCGGUACUAUAAAUCACUCAAACCUCUGCUGCGGCCCCACAACUGCUGGAUCUGCGGUUCGCGCUUCCUCACCCAGGAGGACCUGCGCUUUCACAUCGACUCUCAUGAAGGCAAUGACCCAGAGCUGUUUAAGUGCCUCCAGUGCAGCUACCGCUGCAAGCGCUGGUCUUCACUGAAGGAGCACAUGUUCAAUCAUGAAGGCACAAAGCCAUUUAAAUGUGAGGAGUGUGACUACUCAAGUGUUUACAAGAAAGAUGUUAUUCGACACUCUGCAGUCCACAGCAAAGAGAAGAGAAGAAAAAAAGAGUUGGUUCCCAAGGUGUUGGAGUUCCCGUGCCCGGUGUGUGACAAGGUGUACCCGAUGCAAAAGAGACUCACCCAACACAUGAAAACUCACAGCUCUGAGAAGCCACACAUGUGUGACAAGUGUGGAAAAUCCUUUAAGAAGAGGUACACGUUCAAAAUGCACUUAUUGACCCACAUCCAGAGUCUUGGAGACAAGUUCAAGUGCGAGUUUUGCGACUAUUCUUGUGAAAACAAGAAGCUGCUGCUCAACCAUCAGCUCUCCCACACCAACGACAGGCCCUUCAGGUGUGACUACUGUAAAUAUUCCACGUCCAAAGAGGAGUUCCUGGUCUCACACAUGGCCAUCAAACACACAGGGGAGAAGCCUUUCUCUUGUGAUAUGUGUCACUUCACCACCAAGCACAGGAAGAACCUGCGUCUCCAUGUGCAAUGUCGCCACCCAGAGGCCUUUGACGAGUGGUCUCUGGCUCACCCUGAGGAGCCAGUCAGAAGACGAAGGAAACCCUUCUUCACCCUGCAGCAGAUAGAGGAGCUCAAACAACAACAUGACGACAACAAUCCGACAUUACAGAACACCAUAAUUACUGUGGAUCCUGAAACACUGCAGGCUAUGCAGGGGAUAGAAAAUGCUUCAGUUACCCAGGAUGCAUUGGGAAAUACAACUAUAAUCUAUGAACAUGCUGAGUCUAGUGGUCUGUCUGCUCAAAAUGCCCUGGAUCUGUUGCUGAACAUGAGCAACGCUCGGGAAAUUGUUGGAAACUCUUUACAGGUGGCAGUGCUGAAAUCAGAAGGAAGUGAAGGGGAAGGUGGAACAGUCGGUGCCCUGGCCGUUGCACCUGGCCAGGGUCAAAAGAUCAUGACCUUUCAUGUGUCUGAGAACGGUGAUGCAGUGCUGCAGGAGGCCUACGAGGCAGCCGCCUCUGAAGCUGGGGAGCUUACCCACAUUGCCAUAGGAAGCUACGAGGAUGCAGGCGAGUUCAGUGUUGUGGAAGAGCCUGCUGGAGAAGUCCACAGCCCCGCAUACAGUGUUGAUGAAAGCAGUCAGGGUUUAGACGUCUCUGCAUCAGAGAACCUGAAAAAUGACAAGUACUAUCUAACUUCAGCCCUGGCUGACGGUGUAUUGCAGCAAGUAGAGCUGAGCAGUGAAGCUCCAGCCUCGCCUACAGCGACGAGCUCUCCCAACACCAAGAGAUUUUGCUGCCGCAUCUGCAUGGAGUCAUUCAACGGUCGCUCCGACAUGGAGAACCACAAGAGGGCGCACUUGGAUUCCAACACUUUUAAAUGUCCUGACUGUGAUUUCACCUCGACCGCAUGGCCUGAAGUGAAGUCUCACAUGGGGAUGCACUCCUACCUGCGCCCGCAUAAGUGUCCAAGUUGCAGCUUUGCCUCAAAGAAUAAGAAAGACUUGCGUCGUCACAUGAUGACCCACACCAACGAGAAGCCGUUCGCUUGCAAAUAUUGUGGACAGAGGUUUAACCGUAAUGGUCAUCUGAAGUUCCACAUGGAGCGUCUCCAUAGUCAGGAUCAUCCCACUCGCAAAAGCCGCAGCAACGCAUCUCAGCAAACAAUCAUUGUGAACAGUGACGAAGAGGCCUUAGCCACCCUGCAGUCCUUGCAGGCUCAUCAGACAACGAUCACUCCAGAGCGGUUGCAGGUGCUCGGUCAGGAUCACAUCAUUGUAUCUCAAGAGCAGCCGCUAUCCGAUCAGGAGGAAGGGUCGUACAUCCAGCAGAUAACCACCAUCGAUGGUCAGACUGUUCAGCACCUGAUGACUGGAGAUAACCAGGUGACAGAAGUUCAGUACAUCAUCUCACAGGAUGGAGUUGAGCACUUAAUUCCUCAGGAGUAUGUUGUAGUUUCUGAUGGUAACCAAAUUCAGAUGCCUGAUGGACACAUUAUCCAAUACGAGCAUGAACAGCCGAUUGCUGUAAGUCAUGAUGGGCAGAUCCAGUACGUACCUGUCAGCUCUCAAGCUCAGGUGGUGAACACGGAGGACCUGGAAGCUGCGGCACAUUCUGCUGUCACAGCUGUAGCAGAUGCGGCCAUGGGGCAGACCCAAACACUUUACACUGAGGCUACACCGGAGCAGCUGGAGCAGCUGCAGCAGCAGGGCAUCCCCUAUGAUGUCAUUACCUUCACCAACGAGUAGAGACGUACAUGCGAGCUCAGAAAACUGCGACCUCAACUCAUAUAAGCAUCCAUGCAUUCACAAGGCUGCGAACCGAAGCCUCGUCUUGCAAAAGAUUAACAGCUUGUGGAAAAUAAAUGCACAUUUUCAGACUUGUUGCUUCUAAAUUAUUAAUAGGGGCUGCACGUUUCAGCGUACAUUUGAACAAGGUUUGUCUGUUUUGUGAGUUUAAGAACGGUGUUUGUGUGCCUGAGCUGCUUCAACUCGCAAGACAAUGUUAUCUAACAAGUUUUAGAAAAUGUAAAAUUUUUGUUUUUAGUUUUAUAAGUGAAAUGAAGGACAAAAGGGAGUGUUUAUUUUAUAUUCAUAUUAAGUUAAUUGUUUAGUAUUUUACAACUGAGUUAUGAAAUAUUUAUGUAAAUAAAUUUUUCAUUAGUCGUUUGCUUUAUUAUGGAUGAUGUGUUUUGAGUUGCUAAGACAUGUAUCAUAAGUUAAAAGCUAACACCAAAUAAAUGGCUUUGUGUAUAAA